UGAUCUGAUGGCAUCAGGUAAACGUCAAGUUGUCACAUAAAAAAUAGAAAAGUGAAUGCGGCGUUUCUCAAGUUUUUACCUGAAUAAAUACAAACCGAGAUUUAAUCAAUAUUAUUCCUCUUUAGUAAAUCUCAACUAAAAUGGUUAAACUUACGCCGGAUCUGAUUAAUCAAUCAAUGCAGUAUAUGAAUCCCUGUCGGGAUCGUGAAUUAGAUCUACGCGGAUACAAAAUACCACAAAUCGAAAACAUGGGAGCAACGUUGGAUCAGUUUGAUACGAUCGAUUUCUCGGAUAACGAUAUUCGCAAGUUAGAUGGAUUUCCACAUUUACCUAGACUGAAGUGUUUACUGCUGAACAAUAACCGGAUUGUGAGAGUUAUUGAUACUCUGCAUGAAUCGUUGCCAAAUUUGGAAAGCGUAAUACUGACGGGAAACAACGUUCAAGAGCUUGGAGAUUUAGAACCGCUCACAAAACUGCCCAAGUUGCAAACCCUCUCGUUGUUGACGAAUCCCGUCUCAACGAAACAGUAUUACCGAGAAUAUGUGGCUUUUCGGUUUCCCAAUUUGCGGCUGUUGGAUUUUAGAAAAAUCAAAUUGAAGGAACGGGAAGCGGCCAAGGAGCUGUUCAAAAGCAAGAAGGGUAAAGAGCUGCAGAGAGAGAUCAUGAGAAAGGCGAAGCUUGCGAUGCCGGCAGUGGAUAAACCGAUGGUUCAAAAUGCGACGACAGCCGACAUUCAGAGGAUCAAAGAAGCCAUCAAGCGGGCCACGAAUUUGCACGAGGUGGAACGGUUAACCAGGAUGCUGCAGUCGGGGCAAAUAACGGGCGAUUUCAACUUCAAUGGUAAAUUGAAACGUUUGGUCAGUUGCGAUAUUUUUUAUUCUUUUUUAGGCAACGGAAACGCGUGGUUCGACAGGACAAUAUACAGCAGGAGAUCGAUCUCGCUUGAAUAGGACCAAACAUCUGGGAUAGCAAUAUUGCAAAAUUCACUUAUUCUGUAGCGUUUUAUUUGGCACAUUUACUAAUGCAUACUAUUUGAUUUCAUUUGUUCGUUCCAGGUCAUAUGAUGGAA